AGCAAAGCCAAGAUGAAUUCAGUGCCGUCCUGAAUGCAAUGCAGACGACAAACACACCGGCUGAACAGCACAAACCUGCUACAGAUGGUACAUUACAGAGGAUAAACUUGACAACCAACCAACAGACAAAAACACCAACAGUGGAAAACAAUAAGGAACUGGAAAACGGCAAUGGAAAACAGCAGGGAACAACCAACCAACAGACAAAAACAACACCAGUGGAAAACAAUAAGGAACUGGAAAACGGCAAUGGAAAACAGCAGGGAACAACCAACCAACAGACAAAAACAACACCAGUGGAAAAUGACAGCAAACCGGUUAUUACUUCUGUUGAAGAUGCUUAUGUCAAAGCUAAAUCUGAUCUGAACAUUGAAUCCAGCAGCAGACAAAACAAUCAAUCCCUCCAAACAUGUGGGGCUAAACCUUCCCUCAAAAGCUACUUCUGGCUCAAAAAGAAGCCUAUCACACGUCCCCUACGCUCAACCCGACAUAAAGAUGCCAGUGGACUGAAUGGCUUGCCAAAGAAAUCCAGCUGUGGGACUGAGAGGAAAGAGGACUCUAAACAACCUUCACUGAUUCCACCAACAGCACAGCAAAAUGCUGAAGCAUCAACAAAGAAAGGAGCAUCAGGGGACAGUAAAGAUGAUUUCUGCCCAAUAUGCUUGGAUCGGUUAAUCAAACAGAAGCAGUUGAGGUGUAAACACACAUUUUGUGAUGAGUGUCUCCAAGCAUCAUUAAAACACAUUGGACCCAUGUGUCCUGUGUGCAAAGAUGUUUUUGGUGUGAUGGAGGGAGACCAGCCUGAUGGAGUAAUGACAUGGAGCUCUGACUCUUCAUCCCUCCCUGGAUUCUCAGGCUGUGGCUGUAUAGUGAUCACCUACACUUUUCCUAGUGGAAAACAGGCGGAAAAGCAUCCUAAUCCUGGACAACCAUAUCAGGGAACUAACAGAACCGCAUAUCUUCCAGACAACGAAGAGGGCCAAGAAGUUCUGAAACUGCUGAAAAAAGCUUUCGACCAGAAAAUGAUUUUCACCGUUGGGACGUCCAGAACAAGCGGGUUGGACAACCAAGUGAUCUGGAACGAUAUUUCUCACAAGACGUCAAAGACAGGAGGACCACAGAGAUAUGGAUAUCCUGACCCGGAUUACCUGAGAAAAGUAAAGGAGGACCUGAAAGCUAAAGGCAUAGAGUGACUCUGAGAGGGAGUGAUGGUUUAUUUUACUACUGAAAUUAAUAAUUAAAAAAAUACUGGCAUAUUUGUAUGUUUU